AAAAUAUACGGCCCAAUUCUCAUUGUAAAUUGCAGAGACUGAUGCCUCGCUGAGUUGCGGCCAUGGAUGCAUACACAUGGUUCCGGCGAAGUGUUUCUAAGCUGAAAAGGACGUCCUUGCCCUCUAUCGCGGCCGCCACCACCGCAACCGCGACUGCCAAUGCUAGCAAGAGUUCCGAAAACAAAUUAGACCAACAAGAAGAGGAUAAAUUUUAUGGAAUCACUGAGCAAUUAAUAGAAUUGGUCAAAUCAUUCUCUCUCGACACCUUCAGGAACUUCGUUCUUCCUGAUGAGGAAGAAAGUGGCUGUGAUGUUGGAAACUCUGGGAAUGUACAGAUGGAUCUUUCUGACUGGCAGGAAACUCAUGCUAUGCUUGUCCUUUCCAGAGUCAAGGAACUUGCACAACUACGAUUUCGAUUAUGCCCUCGCUAUUUGAAGGAAAAGCAGUUUUGGAGAAUAUAUUUUACUCUCGUUAGGAGUUUUGUGGUCGAAUAUGAGUUGCAUGCUGUACGAGUAGCCAGACUCAAACAGAUCAGAUCGGGAAGUGAGACUGCCUCUAACAGUAGUGCCUGUGAAGUUGAAAUGUCUGAAGCAAAAACGAUAUCUUCUUUGGACUCUGCAACUUCAAUGGAAUAGAAGUGAUCUUCAAAUUUAUAGAACUUAGGAUAAGCGUUAUCUGGUUGGUGAACCUCCAGAAUGGGUGUGAUGACAAAUUAAUAUAUUGUAUGGAACUCUGUCUGGGAGAAAAGCUCUAUAUGUCGAGGCUUUUGUUGUAAAUGGUAAUCCUCAAUCCUCUAUGGAAUAUGUUGUUUCUUUUGCAGCUGGGAUUGUUAGACGAUUUCACAGUAGAUUGAAGAAAUUUUUCUUGGCUCUUUUUAUGCUAGUCUCUUGUCCGUGGAAUUUAAGUCGAUCAGUUUUUGCCGUGGAACUUGAAAUGUAACACUGAAAUCUGUGGUUUUCCUGCAUACUGAAUAACUUCUGAAAAUAUUUUACGCCCUGACAGAGAAAAUGACUUUGGAAAGGAGCCACUGAUACUGAUCUGUCAGGUAUAUGAACUGCAAAUUUCAAGUUUAUAUGAUAUUUACUUGAAUUCA